GUUGCCGUUGCCGUUUACGCCGCCGCCACCACCACCACCACCACCACCACCACCACCACCACCACCACCACCGCCGCCGCUACCGCCGCCGUCGUCGUCGCCGCCGUCGUCGUCGUCGUCGUCGUCGUCGUGUGUGCGGUUAGUGUGACACAGCCGAGCAGUGCUGGCUAUCGUACACUUGGAUCCACCGGCGUGCCCGACUGAUUAACAGACACACACACACACACAUACACACCUAUACAGGAUUAACGCGCUCGGCAUGGCUGCCCCAGCCGCCUGCACGCGGUUUAGUGACAACUAUGAUCUCAAGGAGGAACUCGGCAAAGGCGCCUUCUCCGUGGUACGCCGAUGCGUCCAAAAGAGUUCCGGUCUCGAGUUUGCGGCGAAAAUCAUAAAUACGAAGAAACUCUCAGCCAGAGAUUUCCAGAAACUCGAGCGCGAAGCACGGAUAUGUAGGAAAUUGCAGCAUCCAAAUAUCGUGAGACUGCACGAUAGCAUACAAGAGGAGAACUAUCACUAUCUUGUCUUUGACUUAGUCACCGGCGGAGAGCUUUUCGAGGACAUCGUUGCGAGAGAAUUUUACAGCGAGGCGGAUGCCUCCCAUUGUAUUCAACAAAUCUUGGAAAGCGUCCACCACUGCCACUAUAACGGAGUUGUGCAUAGGGACUUGAAACCAGAAAAUUUACUUCUCGCAAGUAAAGCAAAAGGUGCGGCUGUGAAAUUAGCAGAUUUUGGAUUGGCGAUCGAGGUGUCCGGUGAAUCGCAAGCAUGGUUUGGUUUCGCUGGAACGCCCGGUUACCUCAGUCCGGAAGUUUUGAAGAAAGAGCCUUACGGGAAACCUGUCGACAUUUGGGCAUGCGGCGUCAUUCUUUACAUCCUUCUCGUUGGUUACCCGCCAUUUUGGGACGACGAUCAGCACCGACUGUACGCUCAAAUAAAGGCAGGCUCCUACGAUUAUCCAAGCCCAGAAUGGGACACCGUCACGCCAGAAGCAAAGAAUCUUAUCAAUCAGAUGUUAACGGUGAAUCCAAGCAAAAGGAUUACCGCGAACGAGGCAUUGAAGCAUCCAUGGAUCUGCCAACGUGAGCGUGUUGCAUCGGUGGUGCACAGGCAAGAGACUGUGGAUUGCUUGAAAAAAUUCAAUGCAAGACGCAAAUUAAAGGGCGCUAUUUUGACGACGAUGUUGGCGACGCGGAACUUUUCCAGUAAGUAUGAUGCACAGGGUCGAAGCAUCAUCACGAAGAAGGGCGAUGGUUCUCAGGUGAAGGAAUCCACCGAUAGCAGCACAACGAUCGAGGAUGACGAUGUCAAAGAGGAUAAGAAGGGCGGCGUCGACCGGAGCAGCACGGUCAUUGCCAAAGAACCCGAAGGAUCGGGUUCCGGGGGUGGUGUAACACCGAGCAAUCCAGGAGGCGCACUUUUCUCCUUGGUAGAUAGCACUACGUGCGGUCUCCUCAACAAGCAACCUACUACCAGUCAGGGCCAAGCACAGGCACAAAUUCUAAAUCAGAGCCAAGUUGGUUCGAGUCAAGUGACUGGUCAAGCGACGAGUCAGCCGACGGGUCAGGCUCAAGUACAGCCAACGGCCAGUCCCCUUGGAUUAGCCGCUGUACUCCUUCAGGGAGCGCAAGCUGGCAGCACAGGAAGCGUGGGAAGCGGUUCGAGCAAUUCGAGCAGCAACAGCCAGAACAGUCAAACCGGGGCGUCGCCCUCCUCAACAGCCACGGUUUACCUCAGCAACGCCAACAACGCGCCGACGGGGGUGCCGUCGCGACGCCAUGACUCCUCGGCCACCGAACGAGACGUUCGGCGAGCGGCCGUCUAUGGUGGUGGUCCAGCGCUGAACGCGCAUCAUCCCAUUACGAAUUGCGAUGGUGAGCGCGACGACGCGCGUCGUCAAGAGAUCAUCAAAAUGACGGAACAAUUGAUCGAGAGUAUCAGUACCGGUGACUUCGAGGCUUACACGAAAAUCUGUGAUCCACACUUGACCGCAUUUGAACCAGAGGCUCUAGGUAAUUUAGUCGAGGGAAUGGAUUUCCACAAAUUUUACUUUGAUAAUGCGGUCCUCGGCAAAAACUGCAAGGCCGUCAACACGACGAUCCUGAAUCCACACGUACACUUGCUCGGUGAGGAUGCUGCGUGUAUCGCUUAUGUCAGGCUGACACAGUAUAUGGACAAGCAAGGGGUAGCACACACUCACCAAAGCGAAGAGAGCCGCGUCUGGCACAAGAGGGAUAACAAGUGGCAGAACGUGCAUUUUCAUCGGAGCGCGGUGACGGGGCCAACGUCGUUCUCCUUUAACCACAAAUAAAUCGUCUAAAUAUUAUAUUAGCAUCAUGCCGGGAUGCUGUUGUUCGUCGCUCCGCAACAUACCAACAACGCAACGUCGCAUCAUCCGGAUUAGAAAGAAGCACGAGAGAAGAAAAGAGACAUAUAUAUAUAUGUAUAUGCACAAACUAUAUACAUAUAUAUAAAUAUAUUUAAGGAGAGAGAGAGAGAGAGAGAGAGAGAGAGAGAAUAUCAGAGCGCGUUUAUGAGCGGCCAGAGACACGGACAUAGCGCGAUGAUGGAAUGGUUUCAAAAAGAAAAAGAAAAAAAAACGAAAAGAAAUAAAAUGUAAAAGGGGAGGAAAUGCCGAGAGAAAAAAUCAGCAGGAUAUAAUUAGCGAGAAAUCAGUCAGUUAGUACUAAGCGCGAUAAAAGAAAAAAAAAAAAGAAAAAAAAGAAAAAAGCAUAACAAGAAAGAGUAAAUAAAAACAAAUAAUAAAAUGUCUAAUUUUAUUGUAAGGAAUUCCGCGUGCAUUGCGUCACGUGCCUCAGUCUAAAGAAAACGAACGGAAGAAGAAAUAUAAUAAUAGUCGCUGAAGGUCUCGUCGGAUAAUAACGGAAGCAUCCGAUAAUCCUAUAGGGAAAAUUCCUCAUCGUAUGUUCAAGAAUAACAACAAGAUCCCUACAUAUCUAUCGUCUUCCUUCGCGCUUUCCUCCUGAUGAAUUUUCUUCACCUCCGAAAUGGACAGGCAAUGAAGGAUCAAGAACGUUCGUUCAAUUUUAUCGGUGAAAAAUUUCCAAAGUCUACUUAAGAGGUAAUUCCGUUAGAAUGUCAGCUAUAAGUCGGACAUUUCUCAUGAUGCAAUGAGAGUCUAAUAAUGUAAUCCGGCAAUAUGAUAUAAGGAAUAAAAAGAAAAAGGAAAGAAAAAAAAAAAAAAAAUGAGAGAGGAAAAAAAUGGAUAGAAAAAAGAAACGACGGAGUCGAUGUUGCGCGCGAAAUAAGUUUAAAAAAUGAAAAGAAAAAAAAGAAAAGAAAGGAAGAAAAGAAAGAAUGAAGAAAAAAAAAGAAAAAUAAAGAAGGAAAGAAAGGACAGACGAAGCAGAGACCUUUUGCGGCCGCGGAAUUCGCCGCCGUGUACUAAUUUAGCCAUUGUUAGCCAUUGUACAGAGUAUUUCUUCCAUGUCCAAGCUUUUUCUUCUUCUUUUCCUUAUCGUCUCUUAUAGAUCAACGAACGCGUGCCUCCAUUUCCGAUGCCUUGCAGAUCGAUCUUUCAAAAAAUAUGCUGAACUUUUAUCUUCGCCGAACGCCGAAACGAACGUUCUUACAAACCAUUUUCGAAAUAUCAUGGUGAUACGAGUUCUUCUUCGAGAAGAUCAAAUUACAGUUCGAAUACAUUUAAUAAAUCUGAUACGAAUCGUCUUCCUUAGAAUCACUCGUUGAAAGCGUUUUAAAUGCGAAGAUAUAAAUUAUUUUUUAAAAGAAAAUUCAUCUGCAUCGUGUUACAUAUUCUCUCGAGGGGCACGCGUACCAAUCAAAUAUGAAAGUUUAAAUUAAUAUUGUUAUCUUACCGACGCGAGAAAGCACUUGGCGAUCAAUUUUAAAUGAAAGAGAAAAAAAAAGACAAAAUAAAAAGAAAAGAAAUGAAAAAAAAACGAGAAAACUUGAUAACUUUGCCAAAUUCAUCUAGCCUUCUCGUCAUUUGAUUAUUUUCAUUAGUCGAUUGCUUUCUCGAUUCGCGAAUGUACGCAAAUGAAAUGAAAUGAAACAAAACGAAACUAAAUGAAACGAAAUGAAAUGAAAUAAAAGAGGAAGAAGAAAAAAAAACAAAGAUAAGACGAACGAAGGCAAAUAGAUAUUUGCAUUCUUAUCGGAGUUAAGUGAUCACGAAGAGAUAUAAGAUAAAUAGAAAGAAAAGAAAAAACAUGUAAUUAUGAUCGAUUCACGCUCACUGUCGUGUGUCUCUCUCUUCGCAUAUUAUUAGUGUUAAAUAUAUGGGCAAUGGCAAAAUAUUCGAAACGGACUUAAAGUCUGACGAACGGACAAAAGUCGCAGCGCGACGAGCGAGUUUAAUUGAAGAGAUGAAAAAAAGAAAUAAAGGGAGAAAAAAGGAGGAAAAAAACGCAUAAAAAGGAGAGAAAAUAAAAUGAAGUUAAAUCGAUUGCGAUUAAAGAAGAAAAAAAAAAAAAUACCUUUUUGUCCAAUUAAAUCAUUAAUAUGAUGAAUCUUUCUACACGUUCGUACAUCCCUCUUGAAAUACACGUAUAUAAUAUAUAUACAUAUGUGUGCAUAUAUAGGAAGAAAGUAAAUCAAUAUAUGUGUGCACAUAUAUUGUAUACUAUAUAUUAUAUAUAUAUAUAUACAUAUAUAUAUAUAUAUAUGUAUAUAUAUAUAAAUAUAUAUAUUAUAUUUAACUUAUGCGUAUAGCAGAGAAUUUCCAUCUACGAAAACUAGGAGGAACAUUUUUUUGCCAUUUUGUUAUACACACAUACACGCGCGCACACGUACAUAAUUAUGCGGAUGUUCGCUAUGUGCGCAAAGAAUAUACAUAUAUGUGUACGUGUGCAUGUAUGCAUGUAUAUAUGCAGAGUGUUUCGAUACGAACUGGCGGAUGAUUGGAGUCAACGUUUUAAGACUUAAAAAAGAAAGGAAAAAAAAGCGGAGGGGUGAGUGGGAAAAAGGAUUUUGAAAAAGAAGAAAAAGAUAGAAAGAAAAAACUGGUUGGUUACAAUAAACUAGCAUCGACUAUUAACUAAAGUUCCCAAUUUUUGUGAAACUUAUUAUAAAUUCGUGUUACGAAAAGAUGCGAACUACUUUUUGCCCUCUCUCUCUCUCUCGUUAUUCCUUAAUUACACGCAGAAGAAUGAGAAGCCAUUUUUAUAAUACAUAUUCGUUUUACGAGAUUGCCUCCGAUCAUCGGUUCGAAUUUAUAAUGACAAAUAUAUGUUGUAAGAGACAUACAUAUAUGAAUGCAUGCGCGCGUGUAUUCGAAUGUGAGCGUGUACGUACGCAGCGUGUUAUUUGAAAGCGCGUGAAAAGAGACACGGAGCAUAUCUCGCCGAUUAAAAUAAUCGUUACGAUAUUAUUAUCUCCUUUCCGUUACUCGCUUUCUUUUUCGAUUUUCUCUUUUUCUUGGUACUGAGGGUGGUAUGGGUAGAGUAAGGGUUGGGUGGGGGACGGGGGCGGGGCCGGGGGGAGGAGAGAAUUUGUUUUUCUUUUUUCUCCUUUUCUUUUUUUUUCCUUCUACAUGCAAGCAACUCUUUCCGAUUAACAACCUAUAACUAAUCAAUUUCAAGAAAUAUAAAAAGAAUAAGAUUAGCAAGUCUGAAAGAAAAGUUACUAGAUUUCAUUUGACAAACUAAUCGCAUAGAUAGACUCGAUUUAUGUCUGCUUCGAAGAAGAUUUAAUCCAUUGGAAAGGAUUACGUGCGUAUGCGCACGCGCUCUAGCGCGCAUUCACGUACGGUGGCACGCGCGCGCACGUAUCUAUGCGUAUGUACCUGUAUUGAAACAGAUGCAGAUACGAUUUAAUAUAUAACUGCUAUAUAUAGGUAUAUAUAUAUAUAUAUAUACAGAUAUAUAUAUAUAUAUAUAUGUAUAUAAAUAUAAGUAUAAAUAUAAAUAUAAACAAUUAAUUAAAUUAAUUAAAUUAAAUUAAAUUAAAUUAAAUUAAAUUAAAUUAAAUUAAAUUAUAAUUAUAAUUAUAAGGGAUAGUUAUUUCUACUGUUCUAAUUCGUCGCUUCUACGUGUGAUUGUUGUAUAAAACGAUUUAUUGUUUUAUUAUUAUUAUUAUUAUUAUUAUUAUUAUUAUUAUUAUUAUUAUUAUUAUUAUUAUUGUUAUUGUUAUUAUACGAUUAUCAUUAACGUUAAAGACUAUUACUAUUCAUCACUACCGCAAAGGAAAAAGAAAAUGAAGAUAAAGAUGAAGAAUCACUAACUAAUAUUAAAACUAAUCGAAUUAUAGUAAUUCCAAAAAAAAAAAGAAAAGAAAAAUGCGUACAGAUAUAACAGAGCUAAGAUGACGAUUUCUCGUUUUCUUUUUUUUUUUUACCUUCUUUUUUGUCUAUAUAGAGUAUGAGCAGGUUCAAAUUAAUAACGUUAUAAACGAUGUCUUUAUUGAAACACGUAUACACGAAUACAUACACACAUACACACACACACACACACACACACACACACACACACACACAAAAGUCCUUUAUAAAAUUACAAAUCCUUAAAGCGAACGUAUUAGACGAACUCUAAGCUUAAUAUAUCCUUUUUAGAUAAUUAUAUUUCAUUCGAAAUGAAACUUCGAUGCACACGCACGGGCUCUAUAGCACACGUGCCACCGUCGUCUCGUUUGUUAUAUAUAUAUAUAUACCUAUCCUUUUGUUAUUUUUUUAUUUUUAUUUUGUUAGUGUUGUGUUUAUUUCUCGUUUCUUUUUGAUUUUUUCCUUUUUAUUCUCUUGUUAAAAAGGAAAAGUCCUUUUAAAAAUGUCAUAUAAGUUAAACGUAUCCGCUUUCCGGAAUGAUUCGUGGACUGACUCUUGCAGAGAUAUUUCGUUAAUUGCACAAGAACGACGAUGACGAUAACGAUGACGACAACGACGACGACGACGACGAUGACAAAUUGAAAUUAGAAAAAUGAAAGCUGCGUAAACCUUCUGUUUCGAACUCUAUCUAUAUUUACGAUCGAAAUAUUUAUAAAGGAAAAUAAGAAUAUUUAGAGAGAAAGGGAAAGAAAGAAAGAAAGAGAGAGAGAGAGAGAGAGAGAGAGAGAGAGAAUAUAUAGCUCUUUUAGAUUCGAAGAUCUCUCGACACUUGUCAGGCUUCUUCGUAUCGUCCUAAACGUUUCGAUGACUUUUUCAAUAACUAUCCUUAACCUUAGAAAGUAUGAAAAAAAGUAAAAAAAAAAAAAAAAACAAAAAAAAACAAAAAACCUAAAAAAAAACAAAAAAAAACAAAAUAAAUAAAUAAAAUAAAAUAAAAAGGAAUGAUUUCGUCGAAGUUACAGGCUCUUAGCAGAUCGUACACAUUCCGUAUUAGAAUCUUUUCUUUUCUAAUCUUUUCUUUACCUUUUCCUUUUCCUUCUUUUCCUUUUUGUUUUUCGUGACUAUAUAUAUAUAUAUAUAUAUAUAUAUAUAUAAAAAUAAAUAUUAUUUUUCUUUUUAACUUUCCUCCAAUCUAUCAUCGUCGCAAAUCGUCGAGACUCGUAUCUAAACUUGUCCCUCGCAAAAUCAAUGCGAUUGGCCGA